AGUUAACUAACCUGCAAACUUUGAUUCUGUGAGUCUUUUUUUUUUAUGGAAACAAAAACGUUGCUGUACUGGUAUGCUAACUUAAAGUAGAGGUUUUCUGAUAGCAAUGCUGAGUUUUGUAAAGAACGUUUAAAAGUUAAGAGCAGUUAAGUUAACUUAGAUCUAUUUCGUUACAUCUUCAGAAAAAGUCUACGAUGUCGCUUGAAAAAAAGCAAUCGAUUCAUAAAGACUUGAAUAAAAGCACCAUUCGGACUAAUGGGGACGCUGGAAAGGCAUCCAAAGCGGUCUGUCGGGUCUGUAAUCGGAUGUUUCGAGACCCUAAACUUCUUCCGUGCCUGCACACGUUUUGUGCGGAUUGCGUUCGACAGCUCGAGCCGUUUGCUGUGCGCGUGAACGGGGAUCGACUCACGCCUGAAGACGAGACGGGCAGACGAGACUCCGCCACAGUUCUGUGUCCCGAGUGCGAUUCAGAGGUGGACCUGCCGCUGUCGGGAAUAGAUGGGCUGACCACUGACCACCUUGCGCUGGACGAGGUUUUCGCAGAGACCCUGUUGUUAGAAAAAAGCGUUUUGUGCGACUUGUGCAGCGACGGUGAUGCGGAGAAGCGUUGCGAGGUGUGCUGCGUCAAUCUCUGCGACUUCUGCAGUCAGGCACACAGGAGGCAGAACCGGACCUCAUCUCACUCCAUCCAAAGUCUCCAGGAGCUAAAAUCUCAGGGUCGUCUCACUAGACCCGUCCUGUGCUCUCUUCAUCCCGGCCAGGAGUUACGUCUCUUCUGCGAGCCCUGUGACCUCACCGUGUGCCUGGAGUGUGCUGCCACCUUUCACCGUGACCACCACUGCAGCCCCGCCCAUGAGGUCAUCAGUCACCAUGGAGAUCGCAUCAGAGAUGUGGUUGUCAGGAGCUUAAGACCUCGGCUCACUCAUUUGGAGGAAACUUUGAGACGUGUUGACAUAUCCCAAGAGGCCUUGCAGGUGCGGACCGACACGUUGGCGGGCGAGAUUCGGGCAUUUGCUCGGAGCUACGCCAGCGCUGUGGAGGCGCAUUGCCGCUCUCUGCUGCGUUCACUGGAAGACUUGAGGUUGCAGCGCAGAAACCAGCUGCAUCUGCAGAAAGCUCAGUUGCAGCAGUCCCUGUCUGACGUCCGUGGCGGGGUGGACUUCGCAGAACGCUUGCUCACGUGCGGUUCAGAUGCAGAAAUCCUCAGUGCUAAGGGGGUUACUAUGAGGAGACUGAUGAACCUAGCGGAAUCAGGAUUUGACCCACACCCCUUGAUGGUUGUCCAAGACAAUGCCAGCAGCAUCUGUUUCCUCCCUCAGGGGAGUGCUGGGGAGGUGGAGGGGUUUCCUGUGGUAGGAGUCCUACAUGCCAAGGCUGUGGAUCCCAGCAAGUGCAUCAUCCAGGGUGAAGGCGUGGAGCGGGGUCAUGAAGGUCAGCAAGGGGAGUUCACUCUGGUGUGCAGGGAUUCCUCCGGAGAGCAGAUGGGCAGAGGUGGAGACCCUGUGCUGGUCAGCAUUGUUCACAAGGAGAGGAAGGGCUGCACUGUGGAGGCGGCUGUGGUUGAUAAAAGUGAUGGCUCCUAUAGUAUCUCAUACACACCACCUGAACCAGGAGUCUACUCUGUGUGGGUCUGUGUUAAAGCUCAGCAUGUCCAGGGUUCACCUUUUGUGCUAAAUGUGAAAAGAAAGUUCAGACGUCACCGUGGCAUAUUCCAUUGUUGCUCUUUCUGCUCUAGUGGGGGUGCUAAAGAGGUGCGCUGUGGCUGUGCUGGGACCAUGCCAGGUGGGUUUCAGGGUUGUGGACAUGGACAUAAAGGACACCCUGGUAAGCCCCACUGGUCAUGCUGUGGAAGUGUGCUGGAGGAGUCUGAGUGUAUUCUGCAUAACCUUGGUGCAGUCUCUCCUCAUGGACACCUCAAGACAGUGGAGAUCUGAGCAGGUGUCCUUUUUAGAAAAGAGAAUAACAUUUUACCAUAAGCUAUUUGCACACUCUAAACACUAUCAACCAGCCAACAAAUUCACCAUAUAAACAUACCUUUGCUUAACAUACACUAAAGCCAGGCUGACACUACGGGACUACUUGAAUUGCUAUGGCGCUUACACUACACAACAAGGUUUCUUGUCAUCCUUCAUCUUCUUGUUGUAGUAGCACGCACGCACACUACACAACGCAACACAGACAUUUGGUCAAGGACCAACAGCGAAACCCCUCCCACAUUGUGAACACUUCUAGUUUUAUGGUGGAUGGCGAACGAGUUGCUGGUGCGGCUACACCAUCGACUGGAAUGGAGCGUGAAACAUUGAAGUGUUAUUAAAGGGUUUUGUGUAUUCUAUUAUAUAGACUUGUUGCUUUAGGAGAGUUUAAAUAGCUUUUUGUCUUUUAUACCAGCCAUUUAACACGCUCUUUAAUGUUUAUGAAUACAUGCCAGCAGUUUUUAAUUCCUCCCAAAGAACCUUUCACUCAAAGGUUCGUAUAAGAACCAUUUAUUUCUUUUUAUAAUCUAAAUAAAGUUUAUUUGGAUGUUAAAGGGAUACGUCACCCAAAGAUUUAAAUUCUGUCAUCAUUUACUCAUCUUCGAGUUGUUCCAAAUCUGUAUAAAUUUCUUUGUUCUGAUGAAUUAGUAGGCCCUUUAUGGAUCCAUUCAGUCACAAAUGCCUCUUUUAUGGCAUUGUGAAGCACUUUUUUUGUUUAUUAGGUCUUUGUUAUACCUUCUUCUAUGUUUCCUUUUUAUAAAUACAGUAUAAACCUAAAAACAACUUCUUACUCAAUAUUUCAUGUAAUUAAAGGGACAGUUUACCCAAAAAUAAAAAUUCUGCCAUCACUUACCCUCGAGUUUGUUCUGAUGAAGACAGAAAAUGAUAUUUGCAAGAAUGCUUGUUACCGAACUGUUCUUGGCCACCAUUAACUACAUAGUAGGAAAAAGUUCCCCAGAACGGUUUGCUUUCCUACAUUCUUCAAAAUAUCUUAUUUUGUGUUCAACAGAACAAAGAAUGAACGGAAGUCAUUAAUUUGCUCUGGAGUGUCGCAGAGCGUCUGCAUGGGGUGACGACCAUCUACAGAUGCGAAAAUUUCGGAAUUUCAAAAAAUUGAACUUGAGCGACUAGACCGCAUACGACUCGCCAACCGGAAGUGAUGUAUUUCAGUGUACUCCAAUCAAAUUACCGUAUGUGAACUGAAAAUUAUUACUACUUUUUUUGUUUAACUUUGUCAGUAACACGCGAGUCCUUUAAAGAUGAUUGGUUAUUGAUCAUUAACAAAUUAUUAAUUUAAUAUUUAUAUGUUGUUGUUUUUAAUCUUAGUCUCCAUAUUGUUCCUUACAAAACACUGGCACUCUUUUGUCAUAUAUGCAUAGCAGUUUAUUGUUUGCAAUCAUUUAUAUAUUUUACGAUGGCAGAUAUUGGGAGAAUGAAAGCUCUCGCGCUGCUUUGGAAUAAGCUUCUCUCCCGUGUUGGCGUGGGUUUGCGUUCAAACUGAAAGUUCCUCACGACUGCCACUAGGGGGCGAAUUUGUGCAGUGAAAAGGCGGCUUCAGAACAAAGAAAUUAUACAGAUUUGGAACAACUUGAGGGUGAACUGUUUCUUUAAAUGUUUCAAUGGUGCCUAAUCUUUGUGCUCAUUUGCAUUUACAGCAAUAAAAUAUUAAUAGCAUUUGAUAAUUGGAAUGUUUAAUUGAACCUACACUGUGCCUAAAACAUCAGAAAACAUUUUUGUAUCAGUAUUGUAAGCAUUACUAAGAACUGAUUUAAGAUCAGUUGGAUCUGUGUCAUUUUGUUAUUAUUCCUAUACUGUAUUAUAAUUAGCAUGUUUUUGAUAUUGCACAACAUUAUGGAUAUGAACAAUGUCCUGUAACAGCAUCGUUCCAACACUAUAAUGGUCAAUAUGUUUGCGUGACUCUGUUCAAAAGACUGCUUUAGUAUUUUAUGCAUCUAUGAAUCAUUUCAUUUUAAUUGUCAGCAGUCUUUAUGUGCAAUCCUGGUACCUCCGCUCAAACAACACUUACCUCCCCACUUGCAAUAGUGGCACUUCUCUAAUUAUAAGCAUGUUUUAUUAUGUUCACAGUGUAAUCUUCUUUACUGUGUGUAUACUGUGUAUUGUAAAAUCUAUGACUGACACCUGCUAUUAAAGCUGCUUGGGUAUGAUAAAUUCAAUUCAAUUUUAUUUAUAUAGCGCUUUUCACAAUGUACGUUGUUCCAAAGCAGCUUUCCAGGAGCAAAUAAGAAAAACAGAAAAACACAGAAAGGUAAAACACAGCACAGUGCAUGGUGUUUAUAGACCAAGUAAGAUCAUUCUAAUAAAUAAAUGAAUAAAUAAAAUAAUUAAAUAAAUAAAUGCAGUCUCCCGGUGAGCAAGCCAACACUGCACUGCUCUGCUGUGGCGAGGAACCCAAACUCCAAUGAUGAAUAAAUGGAGAAAAAAAACCUCGGGAGAAACCAGGCUCAACCAGGAGGGCCAGAUCUCCUCUGACGUGUCAUAGCUGCUCUCAGUGACCCCGACCAAAAGCCACCGAGCAAAUGUCCACGAAGAACAGGGAGAGCCCACCAGCCGCGACCCAGGAAGCCUGACAACAGAGGAACAACCAGGGAAAAAUAGUAAUGGCAUAAAUUAACUUUAUUCCUCUGUUGUCCGACAUCGACCACAAACCAAGACCAACCAGACCCACACAGUCCCAACAAAUGAAAUGCCCAAAACCACAACC